AGCAUUUAUAGGUAUAUCGAUGAUUUGAUUUGGCUGAGAAACUUCGUCCAGUCCAGUGGCCCAUGAGUAUGAAAUACUCUAUACUGAGUCUAACUUAGUUUAGUUACGUGGAAUUAAUGAAGACGUCCUCCGACAACGGGCCCAGCCAAUCACGCUCCUCCAAACUAUGGCAACUAGUCGUUUCAGCGGUGCAGUGUCCCCAGUACAAGCCCGGACCAAGAGAACGUAUCACCAUCACUAAUCUGUCUUUUGAAUCUCUACCAACAGGCGAGGACAAGGUGGACAGUAUUUACACAAAACCAGAGUCCAGAAAACUCUCAAGAAUCGGGAGGUCUGUAAGUCUGAUGGCACGAAAGCCGAAAAGCAAACUAAAUAGGCGAACUCAGAGUUGUAAGGCGAAGAACGGUGAGAACUCAAUCUCAGAGAACGGUUCACAUGAUCACAUAAGGAGGAAAAGUGUAGAAAAGGUGGAUAUUGGGACCCAGACUAGGUUUUCAUUGAACAGAGAACUGAUAAAAGAUAUCGACGAGAUGAUUAAAGAGCAAGACGUUUCAGAAUCUGACGAUAAUUCAGCAGAGUUGGUGUUAGAAGACCCCCCUAAUUUAGAUUACGAGUGGAGUGACUCUGAGAUACGCGGAGUCGGUUCCGCCUGGUCCGUCUGCUCGGACCCCACUCCGGACAAAUAUCCGGACAUGUCCGGCAGACAGUCGGACCCCAACCAGGACCCCCUGUGGGCGGACAGCUACCAUCUGAACCGGAGAGCACCAGUAAGAUACGCGGCCUCUCGGAGCGCCUCCAUGGUGGAGAGCACACUAGACCCCCCUAUUGAAGAAAACGAGGACGACGUUGGUUCCGAUUCUGAGAAUCUAGAGGUUUCCUGUCCUGUGGAACCUGAGGAGGCAGGCUAUCAGUACAGACUGCGGAAUCAAGAUGACGUGUGUCAGGAACCUGAUGGCAACAUCCAGAGUGUAUUGUCAAGUUUGCAGUCCCGGAGGGGUGCAGUACACACAGCAGUUAUCAUUGCAGAUCCUAAGGACAAAUUCAAGAUGCCAUUCUUCUCCAAGCGGAAGAAUGACAGGAAGUGGAGUAAGACUGAACUUAACUCUGUUUUAAGCGAAUCUUCUAACGAUAGAACGCACCCACUCGCCGAUCUAAUGAUGUCUCAUUGGUCCGAGUUGAUGGAGGACAGACCUCACAUAGACAGUGUUGAGUACAAGCACAGAGACGCACUCUGGGGCCUCUUCCGAGCUGAGCUGGUGUACUUGAUAGAUCAACUCAAGAUUAUCAGAGAUGUGUUUCAAGGAACACUGAAGAUAGCAAAAGAUAACGGAAUGUUAUGCGACAUAGACGAGAGUCUGCUAUUUCCCAAUGUCAACAAGUUAUACAAGGUUAGCAAUGCUUUCUCUCUGGACCUCUACAAAAUGUUCAAAGAAGGAAACGCUAGUGAUGAGGCUGUAGUUGAGGCAUUGCAAGAGUUCUCCAAGAAGUUUCAUCACCCUUACCAGCGGUACUGCUUGAACUACACUAGAGCUGUUAAAUACCUUAAAACUCUCAAAAAGGAAAGAAGCGAUUUUAGGGAGUAUGAAAAGUUAUGCUUGGAGGAUUCAAGAUGCAAGAAGCGUCAACUCUCGGACCUGCUUAUCUGCCCGAUGCAGCAUCUCAUGAGAUACGUCAUACUCCUGCAGGAUAUACAGAAACAUGUGCCUGAAGAUGGCCGGGACGAUUUGCGUGAAACUAUUGAAGCUAUUCAGGAAUCCUUACGCUCGUUGGAGUCGAAGCUGGCAACGCUUCAAAACUUCCAGAGACUUCAGGAAUUGGACAACAUCCUUAUUUGGCCUAAAAUUGAUACUAUCGACAAAUCGAUAGUUAUACCUGAGGAACUAAAGGAGAUAAUAUCAGAAGAUCAGUCGACACUCUGUUCAGAUGGGAGACAUAUCCUACACGCUGGUGCUUUAUUGUUACUCGAGAACCCGAAAUCUUCUGAGACGUAUUGCUUUCUGUUUAACGAUAUGCUACUCAUAGCCAGAACUAAUUCAACUAUGCGAAAACGGUAUAACAGCAAAUUAGAACAGCUGGUAUCACCAUCAAGUUCAUCUGACGCAUUCGACACGAGCGGAGGGCUGUACGAUCCCGAUCAGAGGUAUAUCGUGUAUAAACAACCUAUAGCACUGGACGAGACUAGAGUUCACGAUAUCACCACUUCUCCCGGUGGAUGUAGGCACUGUUUCGCAGUAACUACUUAUAACCGAUUAAAAUGUUGCACUGGACUUUAUACUUUUAACGCCGUUUCUGCCGACAACAAGCGACAAUGGAUCGAGAAACUCCGGAAAACGUCUGAAGAUUUCCGUACGAGUAACCCAGCGACCCCCAUAAACCGGCGUCCUCGAGUAGACAGUAUGCACAUAAAUAACGGGGACAGUAUCAGCCUUAACUCGGGUAACAGUAGUUUUAACGAGAACCCUGACACUCCAACUGGUCUGCCAGGCUCAAACAAGAAACCUGCUCAUUCUCAGUCCUUUAAAUCAAACAACUCAGUCUCAGUCCUGCAGAAGAUUCCUAAGCGUUGCCGGUCGGCCUCAUGAAGAUUCAGAGCGAUGUUGUUUAUAGCCUAGCUGUGCUACUAGGUAUUUGGUAUAAUUUCACAAGAGAGAGAGAGGUCGCUGAUAGACUCAGAGCCUUUUGGUGCGGUGUCAGAAUUUGUAUUUUUGUACGACAAUCAUCAACGACCAUGAUCAAUGGCGUCAACAUCAUCAUCUCCUUUUACUUUUUUUACUAAACUAUAUUACUUUCACCUCGAUGAGCUUUUAUCUGAUGUUCUUUUAUAUUCAUGUUCAGUGUUCCCUGCAAAGGAUCGGGAUGACUCUUAUACCCCUGGCAAUUUACCUGUCCUCCACUGAUAAACUGAAACAUUAGUUCGCAAUCAACAAUUGAAAAUCAACGUUCGUUGGUAUAGCAGAUUUUAUUGAAUUUCUACUUUUGAACCAAGCUGGUUUUUUGAAAUGCUGGUUAAUUAUGUUUUCAUUUUGGAACUGUUAAUCGGAUUCAGUCAGAUCUUAACCAAAAUAAAUCAUAUUUUACAAAUCUAGGUACUCAACAUGACUUUAUAAAAUGCUAUGCAAUUGAUUAGACACAUGACAGUGCACAUGAGGUCUGUCUGCUGUUUUUUCUUAAAAUCACUUUCUCAAAGGUUACUGAAUCUGGUUCUAACUUUUAAAAACGGUUGUAUUGUAAAUUUGUUUAAUUUGUACUGUUUUUGAAAACUUAAACAGAAUUUCAGCGAACGACUGAAUGAGCUGGUUCAUAAUUUAAGUUUUACCGAUUUGACAUGAAUUGUAUUUGUAAUUUUAAAAUAACAACUUCCUAUGUAAUUGUUACAGACGAU